CCGGCUCGACCGAGGUCCUUGCGGCGGACCUGAGCGUGCUACGCCCCCGUAUGGCAUACGAGGGAGGGGAGAAAGGCUGGGUUGUCAUUCAGAAGGGUGAGAAAAUCCCCGUCGAGAGCGCCCAGCCAUGGCGCCCCGUCGCCGGCAAGAACAUCAAAAGCAAAGCCAAUAUCAAUGGAGGCGGCAAGUUCGCCGCGCAUGCCACCAAUCUCAAUCUGGGCAAGACAAAGAGGAGCAACUACGCGGUGGACGCCGACAUAGUCAGGGACGUCAAGAGAUUUCAGGGCAACGUCUUCUUGGCCAAGAGAGAGCCCGCAGCAAGGUACCAUGACAACAACAUAGAGGUGAUGGAUGUACACCCAAGCCAUUACCUCAAGAAACGGGAGCAGGAGACUAGCAAUCAUGAUAAACCCAACAAUGAAGAAAUUGACGUGGUCGGAGGAGGAACGGACAGCGACAGCGACGACGAUUCCAACAGUAGCAAGUCUGAUCCGUCGUCGUCGUCGGACGGAGACAGCAGCAGCAGUGGGGGAAGCAACAGCAACAGCAACAGCAUCGGCGGCGCUCGUGCAGUUCCCCCGACCGCCGAGCAUUGCCAAGAAAAUCAAGAAGUGCAGUCGCCGCCGAGCUGCAAGGAAGAGGAGCAAGAUUCCGAGGAGAGGACCGAGUCCCGUGGCAGCGCGGGAAUGCGCCACCGCCCGGCGGCGGACGAGGAAGAGGAGCAGAAUGAGCAAGUGGAGGAGCAUGAUCACCGCGUCCAUGGCCUGGAGCUGGAGGCCUACGUGAGCGUCAUGAAGGCCUUCUACUUCACGGGGCCGCUGACCUGGGCCAAGGAGGAGCUGCUGUCCGACCUCCGCCUGCAGCUCCACGUCUCCAGCGACGAGCACCUGCAGGCGAUUUGGCGUCUCAAGGGGAAGAAGUAAAAAAAACUGCAGGCGUUUCAAUUCAACGGCGGCUAUUGCUGAUUGCUGUAGUUUGUAACCUGUCAAUCUGUGAUAGAUUACUACUGUACGUAGUUGUGAGUGUCAAGUCAGUCAUCAGUUGACUGAAUUUGAUUUGGAUCUCAGUCAAAGUUUGAUUUUGAUUCAGUCAAAUUUUGAUUCUGAAUUUGGGUCCCAGCCAUCGAUCGGUUCCAGCUUAAUUUCAAACUUAUUGCCGAUUGCUAUAUAAUUUGUCACCCGUGAUAUAUAG